UAUAGACAGCUGAUAUACGAACGUCGGAACGUGUUGGAGAAUUACAGUCUACUUCUGACAAUAAUAUCAAUUAGAGACAUUAAAGCUCAAUAAAAUAUUUAAUAUUUUCGGUAAAAUAAUCGAAUUUUCGAAACACUAAACUAAAGAAAACAAAAUUCGGCAUGAAUUUAACGUUACAUUUCAUGGUUUAUGUAAAGUAAAUUCAUACGUGUGUGUGUGUGUGUGAUGGUCGCUUGUAAUAAUGAAUACCAACAAACAAUUUUUGUACGCUUUACAACACUGACGAUUAUUGUUGUCGCCGUCGGUCGUCUGAAUGGAACAAUUUAAUGUUUGUAGUAUUCGUGUGGCCAAGUGCAGAAGUAAAGAGAAAAUAAAUGCAAAAUUUCUAGAAAAGAGUUGUGAUAAAAGUGAAAUAAUGUUGUGAAAUAUAUAAAAGAACUGAGAGAGCAUUGAAUGAGAUACAAAGUUUCUUUGCCAUUAGUUUUAAAAGCGGAGAAAAAUCAAUACACAGAUUUGCCGUUUGUGCAAUAAGCCAAAGCCAAUCAAGACAUUUCAUUUUUCCUGCCCCUCUAUUGAAUUGCAUUGCAGCAGGGAAGAUAAAAAAAUCGAUUUCCCUAAGAACACCUUUGUUUUGGCCGAAAACAACAGAAUCGUCGUUUGUUUCAGCACCUCGUGAAAUGUCAAAUGAAAUGAAUGAAAAACAAUAACAACACAAAUAAGUGGCGAAUCAGUGUUUGUGAACGAAUAGUAAGGGGAAUAGUCCCAAACCAGAGAGAAGAAGAAAGAUAAAUUGCAGAGAAUAUGUAGACAUGGAAUGUCUACAACUUUUCUGAACAAACGUGUGGAAAUUGUCUUGCAUUUACGGUUGGAAAAAGUCUCUAAAUAUCAAUAAAUGAUUACAAAUAACGUCGAAUCAUAGUAAAACGAUUUACAAAAAUACAACCAAGUUUGAAACCCGUAUUCGAUGGAUUUGCUAGACAGCGCAAUGGAGCUAUUGAAUAAUACUUCAUCGCCCACGAUUAGCAGCGGAGGUAGUAAUAUCAGCUCAACAACAUCUCAUGGCGAAUCCCUAUAUCAACUGCAAUCGGCAAAUGCAAAUAAUUUAGUUCAAGAAGCAAUGGCCAUGGCAUCAGCCGCAGAGGGGGUGGAUGGAAUAGGUGGUGGAGGUGAUGUCAGUGGAUUAGAAGUUGUAUCUCAGCCACAACAAACACUGGAAGAUGCUUUUCUACCCCGUUAUGCAUUGAAAUCACCCAGGUCUUCUAGCAGCAGUGAGAGUGAAUCAGAGGAGGCUACAAAUCCAACAGCUGGAACUUCAGCCGAUGGCAAUGGGGAGAGGGUGGCUUCACCACCCCCAAAUUGUGCCAUCUGCUUGGGUCGUUGCAAAAAUAAAUGCUUUACCGACUCAUGCAUGCAUCAGUUCUGCUUCAAGUGCUUGUGCGAGUGGAGCAAAGUCAAACCAGAGUGUCCACUGUGCAAGCAAACCUUCAAGUCGAUUAUUCACAAUGUCAAGUCAGAGCACCAAUUUGAAGAGUACCAUGUCCAGCCGCCAACUGUGCAAAUUGCUCAAUCCCAAUUUGAUAUGGAUCUGGCACAGAUGCGCAUCUUUGGCGUUGUUAGUCAAAAUAUUGGCCGCAAUGAAACCUGGAGUGAUCGUGUGAAUCCUAAUUUUAUGUACGCUAUAGCCCCAACAGCAGCUGGCGGUGGUAACAACAAUCGUUCCAUGCCAGUAGGUAGCUUGCGAAAUCAAUAUAUGUAUCGUGCAGAGUUAUUGGAUUUAUAUCGUCAAGAAUAUCCUGAUAGUACAUUAAGCCAAUUGUGGCGUCGCUAUGUUUACGAUCGAAAAUUAUAUGCCCUGCCAGUUCGUGAUGUUACCGGGCGUUUUCGUGAAAGCAGUUCUCAGUAUUAUAGGGAUAAUCCAGCACAAAUACAUCGUUUGAUGCCGUGGAUCAGUCGCGAUUUGCAAUGUUUGUUACGUCAAUCCCAACAUGAUGUUAACACUGUCUUGGAAUCCAUCAAUUCAGCCUUAGUUCUUAUGAAUAUCCUAUCGCCGGCAUUCCGCCGUCGUUUGCAAACAUAUUUGGGCAAUAAGACCGCACACUUCAUACACGAAUUGAAUAAUUUCGCUAGAUCGCCAUUUGAUAUGAUUGGUUAUGAUAGAGUUGUUGAAUACUCACCACAGUCCAGUGAGGAUGUCGUCAUAGAAUUCACUUCAUCGGAUGAUACAACUGAUACAGAUGAAAUCGACGUAGCUGAAGAUUCAGCUACCCAAUCUGUCGCUGCAUCGACAAAUGGUGGGACUCUUGAUAAUGAUGAUGUUGAAAAUCUUCCAAGUUAUUACAGAGUAUUUAAUACUCAUUUCAACUCUUUUACAGCUAUAAAUUUAACAAUUCAUAACCGCUUAGCGUCAAAUAUGACACGACAUGGAGGUGAUGGAACAGCCGGCCCAAGUGGUUCGAUGCGUUCGGUUGUACAAGAUGGGGUUAGUUUGGUUAUUGAUUUAAGAAACGAGCCAGAGGAGACGACUGCGACCGAUGCAGCUGUACAUGGCAACAACAGUACAGAGGCUGUAAGUUCGAAUUUAAGUCAGCCAACCGUUACGGAAAACAUCGAAUUAACAUCGGGCAGCAGUGAUGAAUGUGAAUUUGUUUUGGAGCGUAAGCCUCCACAUUUGCGAACACCCGAAAAGGUUAGUCUAGACUCGGCAUCGGAUUCCGAUGUGGUUUUUGUCGAAGAAACAAAACCCUUAAACAAAACCUCAUUCAGUACAAGUGAAGCAGAACCGGACAACGAUGAUGCCGAUACGGGCAAAGUAAAACGCCAAUCGUCUAAUCGUUCUAAAAUUACAGCCUUAGUAGAAGCCAAGAAACGUAAUCAACAGUCUGCUACCAGUACAACUAAGAAUGACGCAACACCAAACAAUUCAGAUAUAUAUAAUGUGGGAGCAAGCACCUCGGCGGCACUACGACUAUCGAUACAACAAAACAAAAAGCGGACUAAAUAUUCUCUGCGUAAUGCAAGAGCGGACACGAAUCAGGUCAAUCCAACAAGACGCCGUGGCAAACGUUUGCCAAGCGAAAGCAGCCAUUCCAGUAGUUCCGACUCCUCUUUGGGUGAUGGGGCAACAAGUGGGUCUUCAAGCGACGAAGAAUAUGUUCUAUCGGCAAAUCAGAGGCAUAGUGCGAAAAAACGCAGGCGAGUUAAAAAAUCAAAGAGGAGGAGAAGUAAGUGUGGCACUUCAGCUACAAAACGAAGGAAGACAAACAACAAUUAUGAAUCGACUGACGAUGAUCCGGAGGAAAGUGAAGAUGACGACGAUGACGACGAAGAUGAUAAUGGGCAUAUGGGAAAGAAUUUUGCCCUCGUUAUGGCCUUAAACGGGCGACUAAAAAGACAAGAGGAGAAACUAAAAACAUUGCGUGCGACAAAUAUCGAUGACGAGGAGAAUCAAAGCGAGGGGGAGAACUCAUGGCGUGUGAAGGCAGUCAACGAACCUUUACGGAAACAGCAACAACAACAGGCUAAAAGUGCUCUAAUCGGUAAUGGACGUAAGCGAAGGAUACGAAAAUUGUCUCACAAGUCAACGAACGACGAAAAUAUCAAACAGCCUAAACUUGACGACGAUGAAACGCAGGGUGGCAGUGAUACCCAUGGGAAAGAAGAGCCAGCAUUCAAAAAUUGUGAAAGCUCAGGGGAAAGCAGCGAAAGCGAUAAUGUAAAGUUAAUAGAGUUGAAAACAAAGCUCUCGAAAAAUUCUACCAGUAAUGAGAACCUGGAAUCAACAAGUAACGAGCGUUUACAUGACGAAGAUGCGAAUCGUGUUACCAGUAGCAGUAAUGACCCACAAGAUAAGUGCACGGAAACAGCAAUAGCCAGUCCUCGCUUGCCGUAUGCCCAAGAGAGUCUCCAUAUAACUGCCUGUGAUGAUAAUGCCGCCUCAAAUAUGCCCACCGUUGUAGUAUCCGCCCUCGAAACGCAAACGCACAGUUCAUAUGAUGAUGAUACAGUUGCCAUUGCUGCUGGCUGCAGCCAUCCACAUACAACAGGUAGCGAAGCCAAAACUGCACCGGUAGAUGAUAUUCAAGGCGAGAAUUCAGGAGAAAAUUCAGAAAAUCAAGACAAGUCUGUUAACUUCAAAAAUCCAGUUGAUGACAUUAAAAAAGAGAUGGAAGAAAUCGAACAUGAGGGUGAUACAGAGCAUGCACGCAGAGAAGCAAAUGAGGACAAUGAGUAUAGUAAUGAAACAUCCAAUUUAUAUUCAACAACAGAGCACGAUGAAGAACAGGAAGAUAUUAAACAAGAACGUGAAGAAGGAGAAGAAGAGGAUGAUGAUGAUGACGAGGAAGAUGAUGUAGAUGAAAAUGGUACUACGUUAAAUGAGAAUAUGUCUCACGAUUCGAAUGUUUUCGAUGCAAAUAGCAUGAGUAAUACGACCACAACCGACACAAUACUAAAUGAAGCUGCCGAACAAAUUUCACCAGCUGCCGUUAGUUUUUAUACACCUCAGCCACAGUCUUCUUCUUUCAAUACUGCCGAUUUUGCUGACGACAAUACGAUGAAUAGUAGCAGUUCAGAGAGUUCAGUAUCAUCUACCACAACAUCAUCAAGCAGUAGUAGCAGCAGCAAUAAUACCAAUGAUUUUAUGAAUUAUCUUUCAUAAACUAUGUUACAGCCAUUCAUCUAUACUUUAAUUCCGACUUAAUAAAAUAGAACGAACCAAACUACAACCAAUCCAAUUUUUUUUCAUGGCAUCCAUCGACAGCCGAUAACGAUAGCAACAGAAAAAACACGGAUAUCCAUAGACACAUAAAUAAUAAAUAGUUUAAUUUUAUAUAUCGUAUAUGAACUCUCAUCCAUAGCAAUAUAUACAUAUACGCAUAUGUAUGUCAUACAUAGAAUGAACAUUUUGCAGAAAUCAUACAUUUGAGUAGAAAGAGCAAUGCUUUCAUACUAUAAUAACAACUACAAAUAUUUAAUUGUAACUUACUUUUGGCUGGAAUCGUUCCAUACUCCAUGUCCAUAAUUGCAACAAAAUCCUUAGUAUAAUUUAAUUUAAGUUUGAACACAAAUUUGUAUGCAUAAUCUAAUUAGUAAAUAGCCAUAAGUUUUCAAUGUAUUUUUAAGUUAUCUUUUUUGUAUAGUGUACAACUGGUAACACAAGUUUUUGUACAUCAUUUCGAACAUCUCCAUCCUGCAAUUGCACAUAAAACCAAUAACCGGAAUAAAUUUAAUUAUUAUAAUGCAAUCGAUUUCAUGAGAUAUAUCCCUUUGAAAAUACAGUCCACUUAAUCCAGCAGGAAUAUUUUAAUAAAAUUAUUAAAAAUAUUUAAUCAAGUGAACUCUCUCAUUAUUAUUAUUUUUCCAAUUGAUCAACGAACAACUAUAUGUAAAGAAAAAGCAAAACAACAAAUACAAAGAAUUAAAGAAAAAAUGGGGGAAACUCAAUUGUAAAUAGUUAUGAUGUAGUUGUGAAAAGUUUCAGAAUAUUAAGACACAACAAUAUUACUCUUUGUUUGAUUCGAAUUAAAUCUUAAAAAAGGAAAAUGUGUUAAAUGUGUGAGUGUGUAUGUGCGUGUGUAAGUGUGCAUAAAAAGAGUAAAUUGUAAUGGGAUUGUUCCUCCUUUCGUGUUUGAAAUCAUUCACCACUGUUCAUAAUAAUAUUAUAAUGGUAUUGUACUAUCUAAACUCAAUAAAAUGCUUUCACCGUUCUAAGUUUUAUAAGCGAUAUUUUACAAAUGAUUAAAUUUAAAUACUUUACAUAAUAUAUAAAUUAAAAAUAUAUAUACACAAACAAAACUACACAUUCAUAUAUGGAGUAAGAAUGAAAGUGAAAACAAAUACAUACUUAUGUUCAUGUAUUUGAAAAUCGUGUGUUUUAUUUUUGAUAUUGUGGCAUGCAACUAUGUAGUUUGUAGCACAUCGAAAUUUAUGAUACAAACUGAUACAUCCAUAUGAAUCUCCACAUUUAAAACCGUCGUCCUUUGUACAGGUAUAUAAAUGCAUUGUUUCAUUUAAAAUUAUGGUGAGAAAUCCGUAAAAUAGAGUUGGUUCCCUAUAUGCAAGUAAUGCAUUGGCUGUAUGUAACUAUGACUGACCUAUGGAUACAGCAUUUGCGCACAAAACACACUCCGAGCACGGCAUUCAUUUUAUAGUUGCCUAUAGCAUCCGCGACUGCAUCGGUAUGAAUGCCUCUCAAACCUGCCUGAUAGGCUUCUUGAUCUAGAGGUUCCCUCUAAUAGCGUUGGAUCUCCCUCUCUAGAUCAUGUAUGUCCUUUCUGACACGCCUGGGUAGGGGAGUGGUAUCCACCAUAUGAUGGUUGGAAUGACUCUCACUGUAACACCCAGUCAGGUACUGCAAUGAAAGAAAAUGAAUAUGCUGACGUAAGGGAAGGACUUUCGCCUCCUCGUGUAGAUGAUUCACUGGUGUCAUGAGAAUGCACCCUGUCGCAGUUCUGAGGGCAGUUUCACUCUACGGGGCUUUGGACUUCUUGUUCCGGAAUUCCACGUACGACUGGCGUCCACACAUAUAGUUGAUUAUCCAACGUUUCAAACUUGGCCGGAGGGUGGUUCUCUGCGCGUCCUCAAACAGUAUGACAUUAUUUACCGUAUCAAAUGUCUUUGAUAGCUCAAGGGCUACCAACACUGUUUUGUCACACGGCUUGUUCUGGUUCAGUCCUGUACUAAUAUGUGUGGAAAUGGUGUGUAAUGCUGUUGUGGACGGAAUCCGUGCUGGUGCUUGGCAACUAUAUAGCUUCCUCUAAUGCUGGGAAGGAGUAAAGCCCAAAGAGUCUUGGCUACUGACGACAAAAGCGAGAUCGGCCUGUACUGAGAUUCGCCUUUGCUAGCAUGCUUGCCUGGCUUCAGUGGCGGGACCACCCGCCCCAUUUUCCAGGUUUCGGGCACUAUGUGGGUGGCUAGCGACAAAUUGAGAACUUUCGUUAAGAACUCGACUCCCGGCGUCCGGGCCCAACGCUUUGGAUGACUUAUCGUUACAGAUGACAUUUGCAACAUCACCCAUCGUAAACUGUGGUGGUUCCUCCUCAGCGGGAAGAGAUCUGAUACGACGUAGUACUCUUCGCUUCGCCCUGUUGCUCUCGGGGUGCUCGACAAAUUGUCGGUUAAAGUACUCCGCGCACCUCUUCGGAUCAGUCCCCGUUAUGUCGUUAAAAGUGACUGAGGUCCUAUCAUCCUUUUUUCCAGGGUUCGAGAGCGACUUAACCGUCACCCACAGCUUAUUCAUAUCGGUCCCAAUGUUGCAACACUUGAGAUGCUCUAGCCACUUUUUCCUCUUAUGCUCCUGUAUCAACCGGUUGACCUCCACUGUCAAAUCACUGAUUCUAGGAUCAGUAGGGUUGGUACGAUGGAGAUCAUCACGCUCGUUUGCUAAUCCCGCUGCCUCUGCUGGUCUUAUCUCGGGUAUUCGAACAGCAGGUAUAUAGCAAGCGGCUGUAGCUUUGAUGACGCUUCGGAAAAUCCUGUUUGCUACCCAAACAUCAGAAAAGUUGGGCAGUUCUCUGAAGCGGCGGUUCGUGAAUUCUCUGAACUCUGACCAGUGAGCUUUCCAAUGGUUAAUGGAAGUACGGCGUCCAGAGGUUAUGAAAUCGAUCGCCCUGCUUAUGGAGACGAUUAUCGGGAGAUGGUCUGAGCCAAGAGAAAUGACAGGUUGCCAAGUCACGUCACCGGGUGACACUAUGGUUAAGUCUGGCGAACUGUGACACUUUCGUUGUAUUCGGGUGGGGGCAUCCUCGUUAACCGUGCAGAAUGUGGAGCAGUCAAUCUGCUCUGCCAGCGCUGAUCUUUUCGUGACAUUAUCUGCUUGGACGUUGACGUGGAAUUCAUCCAAACAAUCAUAUGGUGGAUAUAACUUCGGCAGGGCAGGUGAGACCUACACGAUUUUGAGAGGAAGGUCCAAAGCUAUUAGAGAGAUAGAGAGAGUGUGCCUCUGGAUCCAUAAGCAAUACACUAUGGAUGGCGUCUUCGGUUGUCUACAUUCAGGAUGGUGCAGUCGACUCAAUUCAUAUUGCUCUUGUAAUGGAAACGCUUAGCACCUUAGACUAGCAGGCGGUACAUUUUUAUACCCUCCACCAUAGUAUGGAAGGUAUAUUAAGUUUGUCAUUCCGUUUUUAACACCUCGAAAUAUACAUUUCAGACCCCACAAAGUAUAUAUAUAUAUUCUUGAUCAGCAUAAGAUUCUAUGUCGAUUUAGCAAUGUCCAUCCGACGAAAAUGGGACAUGUAGGUCCACGUCUUUGUAUAGUCUCAUAUAACGGUACCCCCGAUAUUCGGUAUUUUGAUGAUUUUAGCGACAUUAUUUACCGGAACUAUUUAAAAUUUGAUAUUUCAAUUUCGUUAUGAAUACUACAGCCUAUGACAGAAAACUGUCUGUGCAGGUCCACGUCUUCGUAUAGCCCCCAUAUAAGGGUACCUCCCGAUAUUCGGUAUUUUGAUGAUUUUAGCGAUAUUAUUUACCGGAAUGAUUUUGUAUUUGAAGUUCGUAAUGGAUACUAUAGCCUAUGCCAGAAAAUUGUAUGUACAGGUCCACGUUUUAUAACCACCAUGGUACCUCCCUAUAAUCGGUAUAUUGAUGAUUUUAGCUACAUUAAAAAAAGUUUUUUUCAUAGCUUGUGACAUAAGUUGCCUAUGCAGGUCCACGUCAUCGUAUACGGUAUACGGCUACAUUCGGUAUUUUAAAGAUUUAUAUUCGAAAUUUUGAUGAUUUUAGCUACAUUAUUCACCGCAGGUCUACGUCGUCGUAUAGACCCUAAUAUAACGGCUACAUUAGAUAUUUUUAAGACGGAUUUUAUUUUUGAAAAUUGCCCAAAUCGGCCGGCCGAACUUACUGCUUUUUUACUUGUUAGUAAUAUUUUCGGAUACCUAAAAUUGGUUUAAUCUCUCUCUUUCUCUCUCUCUCUCUCUCUGAAAACGGCGUAUUUAAUAUUGUUAGUAAGGUCGGUCAUAUUUGACUCUUGUUCGUAGCAACAAUCAUAAAUUUCCCAUCUGUAUUCAUUAAUCGUUUUAGUAAUUAAUAGUAGAAUUAAAUAAGCGAGACCAUUUGUGUUUAUCUUAAGUAAAAUAAAGCCCACGAUAUUAAUUAAAUAGCAUUUGUGCCAAUAUUUGCUACAGGUACUGCAAAAUAUCUAUAAGUAGCCGCAAUUUUCAAUAAAGUGAGAUAUAUUGAUAUUUUUUAAGUCCAGUCAUGAAAUUUUUCAUUGCAUGUUUGAUUGGUGUAAUAACUCUGUUGGCAUUUGGCCAAGCAAAGAGUACAACUUUGAUAGCCGAGAAAGCUCAAGAUGACAAUCAUGGUGUACAGGAAGAUCAAAAUGGUGGUGAUGUGAUUCCUCCGCUCGUACAUGUCCUAUUUGAUUUUGGAUCUAACAAUUUUUUUGGACAAGGAAACUACUUUCCUGAUGAUCGCAAGCGCCCCACUACUCCUACAACAACUACUGCAUGGUACUAGUUUUGAAAUGAAAAUAAAACUUAAUAAAAUAACCAUAAAAGUUUAAAAGCAAAAGUGAAUAUUGAAAAAUAUAAAAUUUAUAUUGGUUUAAAUGUCUUAAUAAAAACAUUAAUUGAAAUAAAAAGAACAGUUA